GACAUCUGCCAUUGAUCACCGUUCCUUCACAGCUAUGGCGACCAACAUGACAGACAUUCCGCAGAAUCUGAAAGAAAAAUUAGCAGAUUUGGAUCGUUCUUUAACGAAUUUAGAAGAAUCUUUUACCCCCAUGCUUUCAAAAUCACAGAUAGAAAUACAGUCAGAGUUCACCCCUUUGGAACAAGCUAAGCUGAAUUUAGUUGCUGUUUACGCCAUGAAUUCGUUAUUCUGGGCAUAUUUAAAUACCUGUGGUUUGGAGCCUUUAGGAAAAGGUGUGAAAACAGAAUUGGACCGUGUCCGGACUUAUAUGAAUCGUGUGAAAGAAAUUGAAGACAAAGCUAAAGCGCCCAGACUGAAUUCAGAUGCAGCUAAGCGGUUCGUCAGGAAUGCUCUUUGGCAGUCUGCACACAAGAAAUCACAGCCUGGGUCAAGUAAAGCUGAAGCUGAUCAAGACAGACCGGUCGAAGCCCCACCUCCAAAGAAGAAGAAAAAACUGAUCAAAAAGAAAUCAAAAAAAGGAAAACACCCCAAGUGAGAAGGUUCUUCAUAUCCUUUCUUUUUCCUUCUCUACUUCUUUCUUCACCCUCCCCUCAAACGUUGCUCUCUGUCUAUAGUUUUAUAUUAUUUUUUAUUAAACAAAUCGCAAAUCACAA